AUUGGAGUUACUCCGGAGAACAUGGACCCGCCAAGUGGAAAGCAGAUUUCUCUGCCUGCGGUCGAGACCAACAAUCGCCAAUCAACAUCUAUGAAGGAGACGUACAGCUGGAGCCUACCAUGGCCAACCAGUCCUUUAAGUUCGAAAACUACGACACUGUCGCAGGUGUGUCAAUGACUUUGAAAAAUAAUGGACAUGCAGCUGUUGUGAGUCUAGCAGGUACAACACCGGUGACCGUGACAGGUGGCGGGCUUCCCUCAGGUGUCUUUCGAGCGCUACAAUUCCACUUUCACUGGGGAAGCACCUCUAAGUCUGGCUCCGAACAUUUCAUUAGCUCGCAUGCCUAUCCUAUGGAGCUACACAUCGUUCACUACAACACAAAAUAUGGAAAUGUUUCCGAGGCCAUCCAAAACCCAGAUGGUCUGGCUGUUCUGGGAUUUAUGUAUAAU